AAGUGCACUUUUAUUAGGUCCUAAAAGCAAGCAACAGUCAGUACUCUAAACACAGUCAAAGCAGGUGGCAAACAGAGCCUAAAGAAAUGCACAUUCCCUCCUUCUUCAGGAGGGCUUUCCCCUCUUUCAGGUGAUUGUAAAGAAAGUUGUUCUGGUGGGAUGCAGCCCUGGCUGGCCUGGAGGACAGGCUGUAAUUUCAUCUGAGGUUGCACAGAGAGAAAUGCCCCAGGAUGGGGAGGGAGGAGGAGAUGACAGGUUCUGACCUAGACCCUGUGCAAACCAGAGCAGAAAUCAAUCCCUUCAUCACCCUGGGCCCAAAUCACCUAAACCAGCUAAAACCCAGAGGCCCAGCCCUGAAACAUCCACUAGAUAGAAUUGUUUUCUUACCUGGAGUUCAUAAAUUCCCCACCUCUAAAAUGAGUGUCUCCUAGACCAGUUUAAGCUCCCCAGCACCCGCAGAUGCCGGGGUCACCCUCACAGGGACGGCUCUGCUGGGCUCCCCCGCAUCCAGCAGGACGGAUCAUCCCCGUGCACAGCCCCGGGAAUCCUCUUAGGGCACUCGCAGCGGGAUAAUCGCGUUAAGCCGCGCCCGCGCUGCCGGCACACACCCAGCAGGGAAAGGAGAAGGUGCCGAGAGCCGGCAAAGCCGAGCUCCUUAAGGAAUUAACAGCUAUCAGAGACGGGAGAGCUCUGAUGGGAUCUCAGAGCCUUGGGCUUUGUCCAUCCAGGGAAGAAAUUGGCGCCACACAGCCCCAGCUUGGAAUCUGCAGCACCAAAGCUUUCCCAGCAUGAGGUUGGUGAACCCAGAAAAAAAACAAAGGAAGCAAAAAACUUCCAAUGGAACUGAGAACUGUGAGACUUCCUAUCAUCAAAAAGCAGCUGGGAAAAAAAUCCAUUGGAGAAUCUUUUAGGGAUGUCGUUUUCAUUAUCUCUUCCCCCCCACCAACGUGUUCUCAGAACAAGCAAUUCCUCCACAAAGCUGGGAAAUUUCAUGGAAUAGCCUUCCCUGCUGGGAGAAUUCCGGCUGGUUUUCCAAACUCUUCCUCACCAAGGCCCCUCUGGACAACCUCCCUCCUCCCUGAGUUUGUUUAUAUGCUUUGAAUCCCAUUAGGAAACCAUCUCCCUCCUUCAGCGCUGGUUUAUCCAAGUUUCCAUAUUUAGUUCUUUCAGCUAUUCCUGUUCCUGUAGCAGCUUUCCCGCUGCAUCCCAGUUUUUCCCUCCAGCAGCUGCCACGGGGGGAAUCAUCCCGCAUCGUCCCUGCACUGAUGGAUGCCUGCACUCACUGACCCAUCCCAAUCCCAAAUCGCUCCCUAAUCCCAGGGUUGGGAUUGGGGCGGUUCCGUGCAGCCCGAGGUGCUGUCCGUGGGAUGGGGAGCUGGGAAUUGCGGGAUUUUAGGGAGGGACAGAGUUAAAGGCGGGGAAGGAGGGUUUCCUCCUGACACGUGGCUCCAUGUCAGCCGGCAGAGGCAUCGCAGGGAAAGCGCCGGAGGAAUUCACCGGGAGCAGGGAGACGCUGCUCGCAGGGAAAUCGGUGUUUGGAUCCCGGCAGCCAAGCUGAUCGCGGGCAGCAGAGGCGGUGCCGGUGCCCGGCGGGCGCUCUGACCAUGUUCAACGGGGAUGGCAGCUCCUCAUCCGCCAGGAACGUGGUGCGCAGCUCCAGCAUCAGCGGCGAGAUGUACAGCCUGGAGAAGAGCGCCCGCGGCAGCGCCGACUCCGUCACCGUCACCGCCAGCAAGAAGCGGCGCUCCAGCCUGGGCGCCAAGAUGGUCGCGAUCGUGGGGCUGUCCCAGUGGAGCAAGAGCACCCUGCAGCUCAACCAGACCGAGGGAGGCCCCAAAAAGCUGCGCAGCACCAUCCGCAGGAGCACCGAGACCGGCAUCGCCGUGGAGAUGCGGACCAGGGUGACCCGGCAGGGCAGCCGGGAAUCCACGGACGGCAGCACCAACAGCAACAGCUCGGACGGCACGUUCAUCUUCCCCACCACGCGGCUGGGAGCAGAGAGCCAGUUCAGCGAUUUCCUGGACGGGCUGGGGCCGGGGCAGCUGGUGGGGCGGCAGACGCUGGCGACCCCCCCGAUGGGUGAUGUCCACGUGGGCGUGGCUGACCGCAGCGGGCAGCUGGAGGUGGACGUGAUCCAGGCCAGGGGACUCAUCCCGAAGAUGGGCUCCAAGUGCAUCCCUGCCACCUAUGUGAAGGUUUACCUGCUGGAGAACGGCGUCUGCCUGGCCAAGAAGAAAACCAAGGUGGUGAAGAAAACCUGCGAUCCCUCGUUCCAGCAGCCCCUGCUCUUCGAGGAGAGUCCCCAGGGCAAAGUCCUGCAGGUGAUCGUGUGGGGCGAUUACGGGCGCAUGGACCACAAGUGCUUCAUGGGGAUGGCCCAGAUCAUCCUGGAGGAGCUGGAUCUCUCCAGCCCCGUCUCGGGCUGGUACAAACUCUUCCCAACCUCGUCCCUGGCCGACUCCAGCAUCGGACCCCUGACCCGCCGCCUCUCCCAGUCCUCCCUGGAGAGCUCCACCAGCCCCUCCUGCCCCUAG